AUGGACUCGAAGCAGACUUCGCUGAGGGAGGGCUGCGGCGAGCUUGCCAACGAGGACAACUACGAGUUUGAGUACCUGGCUGCUUGUGCAUUGCUGCCCUUGCAGAGCAAGAAGGGCUACGCCGUGCCGCUGCCUGCUCCCUUGACGACGGGCAAUGCCAUGGUGUACUUCUUCUUCACGGCGGAGACAGAAGACACAGAGGUCAUCCUCGGAUUGUCCCCGAAGUGCAAGCCGGGGCAGUACCUCCUGUCCUAUCGGCGCUUCACCCAGAUGACCCAAUUCCAAUUGUAUUCGGAAACGACGGUGCGGAGUGCCUGUGGGCGGGUGCCACAUAUCCAUCUAAUUCCCAACAGCCGCUUCACGACGCCGGGACUUUGCACUGACCAUGCAACCCUCUUCAUGGAGCAUGUUGUGGCAGUGGUGACGUCUUUGACUUUUGAAUCUCUGAAUCUGCGUCCCGGUGCUUUGUUGGAGAGCACGUGCCAGCUGGCAUACGCACAUUCACCUCAUCCUUACCAACUUCCGGGAUACGGUGCAGGCAGUGUUACGUUCAUCGAGGCGCAGAAUUCUCCUGCUCGGGUCGUUGCGCACGGAAACCACCUCUUUCGCGCUGCACUGCUGACAUCAGGCGAGAUCCGGGUGAGGGUCUUCAAGCGGACAGGAGAGUUGGCGUACUCUACGAUGCUUCCCAAGAGCAAGUGCAGGAACAUGAACGGUUGUGAGUCACUGCGGUUCCCGCGGAUCUUCGUCAAGCAGAACCACCUGUUCGUCCUCGCAAACGGUGCUGUGAAGAAGGCUCCCCUGCGCUUCGUGCGUGAAGGCUUGAAGAUCGGUUGUGGCCCUGACUGCUCAUGGCUCUCUAUGGAAGGCUUCGAUAAAGCUCUCCCUCGGGAGCUGGACAUCCAGCAGGAGAUUGCGCUGAACGACGCCAAUGACUUCACCAUCCAGAAUGGCCGUCUGUACACCGUGUCCUAUGCAAGCGGCACGCCUCUCUGGUCACAGGUGUCUGUCUUCUCGUCACUGACCUUGCAGACAUUGUCUCAACGGACUCUCUAUCUCGGCCGUGAGCCGGCCUGGCAGCAGGCGUCGAGCCUGCUUGUUCAUCACGGCCAUCUGAUCAUUGCCAGUGCCUUUCAACUUCACCUUGUCAGUGCUGUGGCAGACUCGCUGGCACCGAUCAAGGCAGGCAAGACGGUGCUGGACACCAAGAUCUGUAUGAUUGACUUCGCAGACGCGGACGAGGCGGAGAGGUGCGACCUUGGUCUUUGCGCCGAUGUUUAG